AUGGUGCUGCUACCAAAAAUCCUCAACGUAUUUCGAAUGCUACCGAUACAAGUACCACCACAGACCCUCAAGAACAUCCAAGCUAUAAUAGCCAGAUUCAUUUGGAACAAAGCUAAACCGCACUUACAUAUAACUAUAUUGCAGCAGCUCCAAUCUAGAGGUGGUCUAGGGCCGCCCAAGUUAACCUCGUACUAUGAAGCUGCCAUUCUAGACUCCGCUAUUCGAUAUCACGCUCCUAAACACACGUUUCAAUGGGCUGAUAUGGAAUCUGAUAGAUCCAAACCGCACUCCCUACUCCACGCCAUGUGGUCUCCUAAGACCCAUCGGCCACCGAAAUUGUCACUAUACCCCACCUCUGUACUGAUGCUUAAAUACUGGGACAGGCUGAUGGCUACAAUAACCGAGAUAGGGAAAUUCUUCAUACAUGCCCCGAUCGAAGCUUUGGCCAGAUUGACGCCUUGGUUGUCCUUGAAGACCUGGACCAAGUAUGGCGUGAAAAUUAUCAAGGACAUAUGUACACAGAAGGGAAUCAAGCCAUUCCCAGCCCUACAAACCCAAUACAACAUACCUAACUCUUGUAUUUUUCAAUACCUACAGGUAAAAAGUGUCAUCUCCACUCACGUAACCUUGAACCCCCAGAUUCAACCAUAUAGGCUAAAAGACAUGACAGAGAUCUUUUCUAGAUGCCACAAGUCACCACUAAAACCCAAAGCCCUGUCGUUAUGCUACAGGACCAACCUUGACUAUAAUACCCCCCGCUCAUUCACCUACGUACAAAAAUGGGAAAAAGAGGGAAUACCUACAAUUACGGACUCACACUGGCUUUCGGCGCUUACUGCUCUUUCAGGCCUCACCUCCUGCUUCUCACAC